GCGACUCCUGUUCGACAGACACGCCGCACCCGCUCUCCUGUCUCGAACGUACACACACGCAUCCCAAAUGGCCCACGUCAUGGCCGCCUCCGAGCUCGUCACCGCCACCAUCAAGCGCCCCUUCCAGAACGACGACGACAACAGCAGCAACGGCAACGGCAACGCCGACGGGAAGCCCAAGGCGCGGCGCCGGGAGGCCGACCCGGCGGCGGCGCUGGCCGCGGCGCGCCACGAGUUCGGCGAGCACGGCGGGGUGAACAUGUCCAUCGAGGCGUCGGCGACGUUCACGGUGAUGGAGCCGGACACCAUGCGCCGCCUCUUCUCCGGGGAGCUCGGCCCGGAGCGCGGCGACCUGUACAUCUACAGCCGCCACUUCAACCCGACGGUGCUGGCGCUGGGGCGGCAGAUGGCGGCGCUGGAGGGCACCGAGGCCGCGUACUGCACGGCGUCCGGGAUGUCCGCCAUCUCCUCCGUGCUGAUGCAGCUCGUCGGCGCGGGGGGGCACGUGGUGGCGUCGCGGUGCCUGUACGGCGGCACGCACGCGCUGCUGUCCCGGUUCCUGCCGCGCGCGUCCGGGGUGCGCGCAACGUUCGUGGACGCUGACGACGAGGCGGCGGUGCGCGCCGCGGUGCGCCCGGGGGAGACGCGGGUGGUGUACGUGGAGACGAUGUCGAACCCGACGCUGGCCGUGGCCGACAUCCCGAUGCUGGCCCGCGUCGCGCACGACGCCGGCGCCAAGCUGGUGGUGGACAACACGUUCACGCCCAUGGUCGUCUCGCCGGCCCGCCUCGGCGCCGACGUCGUCGUCCACAGCGUCUCCAAGUUCAUCAGCGGCGGCGCCGACAUCAUCGCAGGGGCGAUCUGUGGGCCGGCGAGCCUGGUGAACGCGAUGAUGGACCUGCAGGAGGGGGCCCUGAUGCUGCUGGGCCCGACGAUGAACGCCAAGGUGGCCUUCGAGCUCUCGGAGCGCCUCCCGCACCUCCCGCUCCGGAUGCAGGAGCACUCGCGGCGCGCCGCCGAGUACGCGUCCCGGAUGCGCCGCCUCGGCCUCCGCGUCGCCUACCCGGGCCUCCCCGACCACCCGCACCACGCCCGCCUCCUCGCCAUCGCCAACCCGGGCUACGGCGCCGGCGGCAUGCUCUGCGUCGACAUGGGCACCGAGGACCGCGCCAACCGCCUCAUGCACCACCUCCAGAACACCACCCGCUUCGGCCUCAUGGCCGUCAGCCUCGGCUACUACGAGACCCUCAUGUCGUGCUCCGGCAGCAGCACCAGCAGCGAGAUGCCGCCCGAGGACCGCGCUCGCGCCGGCAUCUCCCCCGGCCUCGUCCGCAUGUCCGUCGGGUACAACGGCACGCUCGAGCAGCGGUGGGCGCAGUUCGAGCGCGCGCUCUCGCUCAUGCAGCAGCAGCAGCAGCAGCAUCCCGACCGCGACGCCGCCGCCAAGUACUGCAAGGUGUGACGUCACGAGCCCCGCCAUUGAUGGUGCGCAUUAGCGACGAUCCGAUUUGUUGUAUCUGCCCCGUGUUGCUGGUUUGUAUAUAUAGUUUAUUAUGUAAUUACUAGUGCUACCUAUAAGUAAGGUUUAAGCUGUUAAACUGAGUACUAUCUGAUCGCUCUGGUUCAGAUAGUUGAAUGGCACAGCUAAGCUGCUUGUUCUCUGGGAAACUGAGUGUAUUGGAAUAAGCUGGUGAAAUGUUAUAUGGACAAUGUUUCUGCAGCAA